GAAACUCAAAGGAGACUAAUUACUUCAACAGCGUAAUGUAAAGGUACCUGAAGAUGAAUAUGUGAAAAUACUGAGAAUAAGGAAGAUAAAUGAGAGGAUGAAUAGGAAGUGUAAAAGGAGGAGGACGAGGGAGAAUUAGGAAGAGGAGAAGGACGGACGGGGAUGAAGAAGAGAAAGAAGAGGAGGAGUAAUGGGAGGAGUGAAAAAGUAAAAACUGGGGGGCAGGAGAGAGGAGAGUCAGAAGGGAGAAACCAGCGGCAACCAUAACCUCUUCUUCCCCUCCUUCUCUGUGGGGCUUUUCCUUCUCUGUCCAGCUGUGGAACAUCUGGAGGAUUAACGGAGGUGUAGCUCUCCGCUCUCUCUCAUCCGAUCGCUGGUUGCUCCUUUGGGGUCAACGCCAGCUAUCGCAGGAUUUCAGGAAGACUUCUGUCGGUCUGCCCGGAGGACUCCUGGACCUGGACCCCAAGGACCCAGCGGGGGGGGCGAUGUGACCAUGGUGGGGCCAUGCUAGGAGGGAGGUCCGCUCUGGCGAGUGUGUUUCUGUGUUUCGUGUGUCUCCUCGGCCCCACGCCACCGGCCGCCGGGAUCUGCACCACGGACCUGCCGAAGCAGGUCAAGUCCAUGAUCAGGAUCGCCCCCCAACUGAACCAUUUGGGCUGCAGACUUUACACGCAGACCGCAACAGACUUCCAGCAGAACUGUGCCGUCUCCAGCCUCAGGUGUUUCUCUGCAGAGAUGAAAGUCCUCAUAGAGGAGUGGAACCUUGCAAAGAUGCACGUGAGAAUCCCCAGAAACGGAUUGGUCAAAGGACUCCAGAGACUAGCGGAUCGGUUCAGCCUGGUACAGAAUGUGACCACCUCAGAGUGUCGUCGGUGUGAACUGCUCCAGCAGAAAGAUGCAGAAGAGUUCCUCGGAGAGCUUGAAGGGACUCUUGAGAAGAUAAACAGCGGCCCAUGCCCCCCGGAGGACCUUUAAUAAAAAGACACUUCAUAAUAUGUUUUCCUCUUUGUGCAUUUUCUGCAGAGAUCACGGUUCAGGUGGUUGGAGAGAGAACUUUUAGAGUGAAGUUAGUGAAGUUUUAAGUGACUUCUUGAACUUAAAUUUUGCUUUGAGCUUUAAACAGGAAGCUGUGAUCCAUUCAGGAAAGGAAACAGCAUUCGUAUUAAGGUGCUGGAGAAGACAAAGGAGGCACAACAUGUCCAACUUUGUGGAGCAAAAGUUUUGAAAGUUUUUUUGUUUUGAUUGAAAACGGCAAAUCCUCUUCACUUCUGGUCCAACAAAGUGUCUCCGUUGCCCUGACAACAGCAAGGAAAGAGCAGACCAGGAAGCAGUUCAAUGUGCCCGUUACCACGGAGACGGCCUAACUUUGUGAGGAUCUGAAGAGCGUUCUGAUACUUUGAGAACGCCUCCUGACCUUUGACCUCUGGACUCUGACGUUGAUCGGCUCUUUUGAGUCCUCCCUUCAACAAGACAAUUUUCCCUUUUGGCCUCUUAGCCACUAAAUGCAAAGAUAAGUUAUCGAUAACUAAAACAAGCGGCGACCUUGUACCCCGCCGGCGCCAUGAGACGUUAAGUGUGGGAUGUCGGCAACGUUCACACUUUUUUUUAAUACUACCAAAGCUGUAAAGUGAUCACGCAGCAGGGCGUGCAAACUGAUAAAUGUGCAUGAAAAAACAAAAAAAAUACAUCAAUAUUCAUACACUUUAAUGUUGUCACAUUAAUAAAGCAUUGAUGACAUCAUUGUUUCUCUGUGAAUUGAUCACGUUAAUAAUAACAUCUCACUGUGUGACACACAGUGAGAUUUUAGUUCAGCGUGGCCUCUCGUCUUCUCCCAGCAUAACGGUGUCUCGUAUGCUUUUUAACGACAGCGUGACUUGUUUCCCACUAAUCUUGGUUUUUGCAUGUGGCCCCUCCCCCCAUGCUCUGAGGAGGCUCCGCCCCUUUCCCCAUUUGUGGAGAAUUCUAUGAAUGUUGGAUCAUUAACUCCAUCCAUUUUGAGUCAGACUCGUCUUGCUGCUGUUUAAUAGAAUUGAUUGUUUUUUUAUAUAUGCGUUGUGUGUGUAUUGUCUAUUUAACUAUCCAUGCAUCUAUCCUUCAAUGAGUGGCAGAGUGUGACUUAAAUGUCAAUACAUUCAAGCAGUCAACUGAACUGCAAGUUAUUAAACAUUGAACGUUGCAUUCGAUUAAGAAUGAAGAGAUGCUGAAAAUUUAAACAAGUUUAAACAGCAGGACGCGUCCCAACCUUUUUUCUGUUAUAAUUUUGCCAAAUUUUAACAUAAAUGAAAGAAUAUUAGCGAUAUUUGACAUUUACUGUAAAUCAUAUGUGAAAUGUCUGAAAGCUAAAAGUAUCCAGAGCCGAGAUCAUCCGUUUGUGUCACGGUCCUUUGUUCGGUCUUCUGAUUGGACCACACAAAGCUCCUCUUGCACCAAGAAGCUUGGUCAGAUCUUCUUGCAUCUCUUUUCAGCUCAACUGUACUGAGGGCUUGUGUUUUAUGACAUGGCUAUUCUUAUUAUUCGCCUAUAGGCUGGUUAGUAAUAAAUACUUUAGGCAUAAACAAGU